UUUCAUUUGGGAAGCAAAGACAGCGCAGUAGACGUAAAUCAACUGAUUAAGAUGCUAAAGUCAGCGAUUUGGCUGUUGUGGGUUGCAGCAAUGCCCAUGGUCAUCCAUUCCACAUCCGCCAGUUGGGGCACCGCCCUCAAGCCAAUUACAAACAGCAGCAGCGACACCAUCACCCCAAACCCAAAUCUGAUAACUACAAGCCGUGGCUCUAGCACCAGGCCGAGUUACAUUACAACUCUAACGGCUAAAAAAAUGGAACAACUGCUGCCGAUGGUCAUCAACACGUGGAAUAUGUCGGAAGCCAAUGAGAUGGCCUGGCGCAUUCUUCAGCAGUCGGAGGGAGGUGUGCGCCAGACCCGCAAUGCUGUCGUCGAGGGUGUCACGAGGUGCGAGGAGUUGCAGUGUUUCCAUUCCGUUGGCUAUGGCGGGUCACCCGACGAACGAGGCGAGACGACCCUCGAUGCUAUGGUCAUGGAUGGGGGCCUCAUGGAUGUGGGCGCUGUGGGCGGAUUGCGGAACAUUAAGGAGGCUAUACGUGUGGCGAGAUUUGUGCUGGAGCACACAUCGCACACACUUCUCGUGGGUCAGUCUGCAACGGACUUUGCCGUAUCGAUGGGUUUUCGCACCUCUUCCCUUGUGACGCCCUGGUCACAUGACGAAUGGGAGAAGUGGAAGGCGAAAAAUUGCCAACCGAAUUGCUGGCUCAAUGUUAAUCCCGAUCCGAAGCUAUCGUGUGGUCCCUAUGUGCCCAAGGCGACGCCUCUGACACGCUGGAAGGAGGAUCGGGCGCGAAACGAGUAUGAGAUUGGGGAAAAUAAUCACGAUACCAUCGGCAUGAUAGCAAUCGAUGUAGAGAACCAGAUACAUACGGGCACCUCGACCAAUGGCAUGACGCAUAAGAUACCCGGCCGUGUGGGUGAUUCACCCAUAGUGGGUGCCGGCAGUUAUGCGGAUAAUGAAGUCGGUGCGGCUGUGGCCACGGGAGAUGGCGAUGUUAUGAUGCGUUUCCUGCCCUCGCUGCUCGCCGUCGAGGCAAUGCGGAAUGGCAAAUCGCCCCAAGAAGCAGCCGAGUUGGGCAUAAAACGCAUUGCAAAAUAUUACAAGGAUUUCAUUGGCGCUGUCAUCGCCGUGAAUCGUUUGGGGCAAUAUGCAGCCGCCUGUUACGGCAUACCGGAGUUCCCCUAUAUGAUCAGCAAUCCGACGCACACGGUCAGCGUGCAGACGGUCAAAUGUUUACCGUAUGUACAUGUGGAGCCUUUGCCAAAAAGUUAGAUAUAAUUCCAAAAAAAUGUAAUUGUCGCAGAACAAGAACACAUAUAAGGGAAUAAACAAAAUGAUGGAAU